CUCCAUAUAGUCCCGAUCUAAGUCCUAACGAUUUAUUUACUUUCCCGAAAAUUAAAAACAGACUGCGUGGUCAAAGAUUCCAGUCACCUGAAGAAGCAGUUGACGCAUUCAAAAAUGCCGUUUUGGAUCUGCCAGCAAACGAGUGGAAUAAGUGCUUCGAAAAUUGGUUCGAGCGCAUGCAGAUGUGUAAUAAUCUUAGUGGAGAAUACUUUGAAAAACAAUAAGUUAUUUAAAACUACCUACCGUGUUGUUUUAUUUCCAUAUGCACAACUUAAAAGACAUCCCUCGUAGUUUUAGUAAGACAAAAUUUGAACAGUGGGUAUGAAAUUAUUAAUAUAAUUCAAACAAAAAGAGUAACAAAUGGAUACAGAUCAUUUUUGUGUACAAAUCACCCUCUAUAUCUGU